CUUGUCGUCAUCAUUGUCUUGGGUUGCCUUUUUGCGUUCUUCCAUACUCGGAUAGUGCGCACUUUACAGCCUGCAGUGGAGCAGAUUCAUGACUUGAAAUUCGGAUGGUUCAUCCCAAUUGCGAUUUUCUUUGUGAUAUCAUUCCCUCCGCUGUUUGGUCACGAGGUACUGGCUAUCCUCUGCGGACUUGUGUGGGGCGCUUGGGUUGGCUUCGCCAUCACCGCAGCUGGCACUUUCAUAGGUGAAGUCGCCAACUUCUACACUUUCAAACAUUUUUGCCAAGCUCGCGGAGAUAAGUUGCAAAAAGACAGUAUCGUGUAUGCCGCUCUGUGCAAGGUGAUCCGUGAACGCAGUUUCAAAGUUGCGUUAGUCGUGCGUUACAGCGCUAUUCCAGGGCAUUUGACAACAGCCAUAUUCUCAUUGUGCGGAAUGGGUAUCUUUGCGUUCAUGCUAGCAGCUGUGCUAUCUCUUCCGAAACAAUUCAUUACUGUCUAUAUUGGUGUGAUGCUUGAAAGUGACCCCAACUCAUCUCCCGCUUCUACUAGUAGAAUCAUCGGUGAUGUGGUUGGUGCUAUCACACUUCUUGUGACUGUUGCUGCAAUGUGGUAUAUCAACAAGGCAGUGAACAAAGUGAAGCCACAAGUCAUACAGGAGCGUCAAAAGUCCCGGUCAGUGCCUCCUCAUACAAAGAGGCGCUUGACCGCUCACGAUUUCACCUUGCAGCUACGUUGACGUCAGUGUAACAUCGCCUGGCGGUAUAUUCAAUGCAGACAACGCCUCGCAAGAUUAUUCCUCCGCCUUCGACGAUAUGUCCGAUGAUGCUCGUGACGACAUGUCGUGCGAGGCCCUCCAUAAUGAAAGCCAUCCCGAAGACGCCCUCGGCCAUGCGGGCUCCACGUCACUUACCCGUACCACUACGCGUACAUUCAUGCCGGAUAUCGCAGAAGGUCAAAGCUAUAGGUUAAAUACUCUUCCUUAUGAUCCGUUCCCCGGCCCUCUCGACGCCACGAUUGGCUCUGAGACCAUGACAUCAUGCGUCACGCGGGCAUCAUCUCUGUCUUCUGUGGCUCGGACUGGAGGGCCGUCUGCCGUGCAAUAACCCUAUACUCCAUAAACGAUUAUACGGGCGCUCCGUGGACGACUUCCCUGACACACGCUGUUGUACGGCAAUCAGCGUUAGCGAGCACGUUUGU